AUGUCUAUUGUUGAGAUGGAAAUUGUGCGUUCAUUCCGUCCUGAGGGCGGGGCAGACGCACCAGAUCACGAACUUCUGUUGUCUGAAGAUGGGGGAUUUGCCGGCCGCUUUGAGCAGCUCUGUGGGCAGCUAGCACUGGAGGAGCGCGAAAUGGCGGACGAGGAGAGAAUUGCGUGGAAACUGGAAUCGGACACCUGGUUGCUCGUUGAGGCCCUCUACUCGUACCGCUUGCGAAUCAAUCCGGACGAAAUCCAGACUGUCGAUAGGCUCUUGCAGAUUAACCCUUAUACCACCCCAGCCGAACUCGCCUCGGCCCUCCUCACAUAUCCCAAUCUGCGCGAGUUAGAUCUUGUCCGAAAUUGGCUAGGGGCCAUCGCCCCUGAUCCGGAAGAAUUACCGUAUCGGAAAGGAUAUUGGCCCAAUACAACCAUGCGAGAGAAUCAACGGAGUCGAGUUGGUGCAGCGCAGGGGCCUGGUCUCGAUCCAGAUGCCACCCUACGGGGUUUGGUCAUGGAGGGUGAUGAUGCGGCAUUUGAUCGCAACCUGAUGCGGCACGUCUUUCAGUGUAUCCGGUCAGGCAAUGCGGAACGAGCACUUGAGACGUGCAAAGAGGCUGCCCAGCCAUGGCGCUCUGCUUCUCUCAUGGGUGGCGCUGCCUAUACGUCUUUCUCACUCUCAAACGAUAAGGGCAGUGGCCGGGAUGUACCCACUGGCGGGAACCGGUUUCGCAUGUUGUGGAAGAAGACUUGCUUAAAGAUCGCCAGAACACCAACACUCGACCCGUACGAGCGUGCGGUUUAUGGGUCAAUGGUGGGAGAUGUCAAGAGCAUACGGGAAGUUUGCAGAUCCUGGGAUGAUCAUCUGUGGGCACGGAUACACAGCCGACUGGAGCAAGCUGUCGAUGCCGAACUGCUAGACAGUAACAGCUGGUGGAUGAAGAAAGGAGGGGUUGGGAACGACUUGCCAUUGGAAGGCCUAGAGACGGUUACAGACAACCUGAGCCUCAUCUUUGACGAGGUGGAUCAGGAGGAGACGGUUGACAGUGACGAGGCUCUGCAUCCGUUCCGGAUUACACAGAAGCACAUAAUGCUGAACAGUGUCGAAAAUUUGCUCCGCGACUUCGAUGAGAAGCUUGCGAUGAACUCCCUUCCAGCAUCAAAGCCAUUGCGUCACCAUUUGAUCUGUUUUUUCGCUCAUCUUGCUCUGUUCCUGCGAUGGUCGGACGCUAUUGGACCCGACAUGCGACCGACAGAGGCGAACAUUCUUCAGGAGUACUGCAAUACGCUAGAAGAAAUGAACCAGCCUGAUCUUGUGGCGCUGUAUGCUGGCGUUAUUGGAGAAGUGAAUGACCCGAAUGUUACCGAUGGUGAAACUAGUUACGCCCAGUUCCUAAAACGCAUGAAUAACGCUCCGACUGAGCGCCGUGCUGAGGCUCUUCGUCGCACCACCCAAAACGGCUUGUCCUACACAAUUGUGGCUGUUCGGACGGUCGACUCCAUAUUCGCAGAACUCAUUCAUUCAUCACCCACCAACUUUGAUGAUCCAGAGCCCGGAUUCACUGCCUUCGACCACAGUUUAUCACAGGCUGAGGGCGCUCUGAUCAAUGCUAUGGAUUGGCUUCUUUUUGAUAAAUCCACCUAUGGACCUGCAUUAACGCAUGCCAAUGCACUCUUACGCUGGUUCUUACUGAACGGUCGCCUGCAUGCCGCACGACAACUAGUGAAGCGCCUGCCCGUCGAGAUUCAGAGACCUCAGCGAGAAGGGGCACCGAUUGAUUACGAAUCGGCUGAACAGUAUCACCUUCGCUGCUUCAUGGGAUGUUUAGAAGCCCUGGAGAGUUGCAAGGAGUUCGAAAACAAAGCUAAUCUGGCAAAGAGCCGUCUUGCUAGAGCAGAUCAUCAGAGAGCCUGCACAGCGGCAGUCAGUAAUGCUAGAGAUCUGACCCUCGAUAUUCUUACGAUGCGUUGGCUUGAAGUGCUAAGAGAAGAUCCCGGUCUACCGGAACGGCCGCGUCAGGUAAAGCGCCUACGUCAGCUGUAUAUUCCUGAGCUCGUAAUGCGUCUGCACCGUGUGUUGUACAACGCUAAGGACGAAGCGGCUGACGCCCUGAAAUGGACGUUCGACCUGGCCAACAUCGUAGCCGAUGGUCGAUACGCUCUCGCUGAAACAUUCCUCACCAACGAGCAUGAGAGCAACAAGUUGAUUGUCUACCUGGAAGGGAUGCGCGACGUGGGCAUGACGGUCCUGCAGCAUGGCGCCACCGAUCCUUUCUCAGUCAUGCGUCACUAAGCUGCCCACCUGCGAGGCCAGAUACCAUCUUACACGGACCAUACCAAAAGCGUGGGUACCUUGAAUCCAUAUAUUCAUGUAUUGUACUACUACAUUACAACACCGUGUCAUGUCCCAUAGUAAUCGUAUCCAGGGCGUCUCCGCACGUGAUCGGGUAAUCCUACUGUAGAAACGUCUAAGCCAGAGGCAUGAAGUGUCAGAAAAAAUGGUGGAAUAAGUCGUACAUUCGUGGCGGCACUUCGAGGGUGAGUAUAUGUGACAGGGCAUAAUAAUUCAAAUGGGAGAAGGAAUAGGAUCCACGCUGAAUCGCCCCUUCCAGUCCGCAACAUCUCUCUGCUCUCGACACCUGGCGAUGCACUACCUCCUCACGUCCGAUGCCCUCCUAGUUCUGGUAGACCCGGUCGCUACCCCUUGAGAAGCGGGCAACUCCUGCACCUGGGGACCAUUCGGACCCUGCUGGAUGAGGAUAUUUCUGCCCGGUUGCUGAACGACUACCGGUUGGCCAUAAUACUGCCCUUGUGCGAGCCCUCCUGCCGCUCCGUUUGCGUAGUACUGCGGAUAGGUGUUGCCGUAUUGACCGUACUGGUAGGGAACGCCAGAGUAGCCAUAUGGCGUAGCGUAGCCGCCGAACCACUCGAGGUCGUCGAUGUCCAUCUCCCAUGCGUUCUGCCCCCGUGUGACAGCGGACAACGUCACAGAAAGGAUGACGAAGAAUGUAAUGAUGAAGAGACCAAACUCGGCCCAAGCGAUCGCCUCGAUCGCCUUCAUCUGGUAGCAGUAUGACUGACUCGAAUAGGUGCCCCCAAGCGACGUUUGCACCUUUUGACCCCCUAGGGCAUCACACUGAACAUAUCCGAUGACGUCCGAGCUGUAAGCACCAAGGGCGAGCCAUAGUAUGUCGGCGAUGAGAACUAGGACGAGAUCUAUUGGAGGACGAGAUUUUGCGAGCAGCCCGAGGAUGACUAGGAUGGUGAAGCUCGGUGGUACAAGGGAAUAGAUUAAGAAGUCAUGAUGGGCACUGAGGAAUAAGUUCGUGAGGUUGGCAGCUAUCCCGAGCUCAAUGGCGGCGAGCGCAAAGAUGAC